GCGGAGCAGGAGGAGGCGGAGAGACGGCGCGGCGGCCCCGCCAUGGACUCCGGCGGCAAGCAGAUGACAGCUCGGCUGAUGCUAGCAGUCGGAGGAGCAGUCCUGGGAUCCUUGCAGUUUGGUUACAACACUGGAGUCAUCAAUGCCCCACAGAAGGUGAUAGAGGAAUUUUACAAUGAAACGUGGUACAGCCGUUACGGGGAGUACAUCAGCCGCGGCACCCUCACCACGUUGUGGUCCCUCUCUGUGUCCAUCUUCUCGGUCGGCGGGAUGAUUGGAGCAUUCUCUGUCGGGCUGUUCGUCAACCGGUUUGGGCGGCGGAACUCCAUGCUGAUGUCCAACAGCCUGGCCUUCCUCGCCUCCGUGCUCAUGGGUUUCUCGAAGAUGGCCAACUCCUUUGAGAUGCUCAUCAUGGGCCGCUUCGUCAUUGGGGUGUAUUCCGGCCUCACCACGGGAUUCGUGCCCAUGUACGUGGGCGAGGUGUCCCCCACGGCCCUGCGGGGGGCUCUGGGGACGCUCCACCAGCUCGGAAUCGUCGUGGGAAUCCUCAUCGCCCAGGUGUUCGGCAUGGACUUGAUCAUGGGGAGCGAGCACCUGUGGCCGCUGCUGCUGGGCUUCAUCUUCGUCCCUGCCUUGGCCCAAUGCAUCCUGCUGCCCUUUGCCCCGGAGAGCCCUCGCUUCCUCCUCAUUAACCGCAACGAGGAGAACAAAGCCAAGAGCGUUCUAAAGAAGCUCCGGGGGACGACCGACGUCAGCAGCGACCUCCAGGAGAUGAAGGAGGAAAGCCGGCAAAUGAUGCAGGAGAAGAAAGUGACCAUCCCGGAGCUUUUCCGCUCGCCCAUGUACCGCCAACCGAUCCUCAUUGCCGUCAUCUUGCAGCUCUCCCAGCAGCUCUCGGGGAUCAACGCGGUUUUCUACUAUUCAACGAGCAUCUUUGAAAAAUCCGGGGUGCAGCAGCCCGUCUACGCUACCAUUGGGUCCGGGGUUGUAAACACGGCGUUCACGGUCGUCUCGCUGUUUGUGGUGGAGCGGGCCGGGCGGCGGACCCUCCACCUCGUCGGCCUGGCGGGGAUGGCGGGCUGUGCAGUGCUGAUGACCAUCGCCUUGGCGCUUCUGGAUCGGCUGCCUUGGAUGUCCUAUAUCAGCAUCAUCGCCAUCUUCGGCUUCGUGGCCUUCUUUGAGAUCGGCCCGGGCCCCAUUCCGUGGUUCAUUGUGGCGGAGCUGUUCAGCCAAGGCCCACGUCCCGCCGCCUUCGCGGUCGCUGGGCUCUCGAACUGGACUUCCAACUUCAUUGUGGGGAUGGGCUUCCAAUACAUUGAGGAGCUCUGCGGCGCCUAUGUCUUCAUCAUCUUCAUGGCGCUGCUGAUUCUCUUCUUCAUCUUCACCUACUUCAAAGUGCCCGAGACCAAGGGCCGAACCUUUGACGAGAUCGCCUCUGGGUUCCGCCAAGGGGGCGCCGGGCAGGGCGAAAACAAGACGCCGGAUGAAUUCCACAGCUUGGGCGCCGACUCCCAAGUCUAAGCUAUGAAGACGGGCCGGCUGGCUUCUCUUUUUGCUUCACUCCUUUCCUGCCUGUUCUCAACGCUUGUAACAGAAGCCAGGUCCAAGGUGAAGUAGGCAUUUGGGCCCCAUUUCCGGGCCUGCUGCCGGGUUUCAGGGUGACGAACUGAUACCCAUCCGCUAGGAACGGUUAGCUGGUUCCAUGUCCAGGAUUUCAAUGCUGACAAGAUUCACAAGCGACGGCUAACGUUCGGGCCAAGCUUUCUCCCUUUGCGGAGGAAGCGUUUUCUUUCCCUUCUGACCUGUUUUGAAUUUAUUUUUAAAGACGUACUUACACUUUUAAGAUGGCCAAGUUUUAAAAGUCGUGGGGGGGGGGGGAAUGCGGCUGGAGGAUGGCAAAGGCUUCUGGGUAGAGCUGGACCAGUAGCCCCGAAUGAAUUGGGGGCAGGACUAAGGUGCCCACCAUCUUAGUGGGAGAUUGGUGGGAGAUCCGGGACAAAUAAAAGGAAGUCCUUCUUCACACAGCACAUAAAUCAUGGAACUCUCUACCACAAGAUGUAGUGAUGGCCACCAAUCUGGAUGGCUUUAAAAGGGGGUUGGAUAAAUUCCUGGAGGCAAAGGCUAUCCAUGGCUACUAGCCCUGAUGGUUGUGUGCUGCCUCCAGUAUUCGAGGCAGUAAGCCCGUGUGCACCAGUUGCUGGGGAACGUGGGUGGGAGGGUGCUGUUGCACCAUGUCCUGCUGGUUUAUCCCUGAUAAACUGGUUGUUCACUGUGUGGACUACAUGACCCCUUGGUCUGAUCCAGCAGGGCUCUUCUUAUGUUCUUAUCUUUCCCAUGAAAACUGUUCCAGAAAAGCAAAGCUUGAGUCGACCUUGGGCAAAAUGGCUGCUUUUCCCCAGCCCAUAAUACUUUCUAGAGAGCUCAGUGGAGCUCACCCUGUUUCAAGGAGAGAAGUUCCCACCCUUGAAAACCCGGUAGCCAGACGUAAACCCCACCCCACCUCCCGAAUCCUUCAGCACCAACAUCUAAUCUCCACCCCGCUUUGUCUUCUCAUCAGCCACCCUUUCUCAGAACCAGGGGAUUUCUGAAAUUGAGGUCUGGCGAGAAAGCGGAUGAGAAAUCUGAGGGAGUUUGGAAAUGAAAAAUGUCCUGUUUCCUAUUUGGUUUUUAGUCUCCACUGCAGUUUUACACCCUGCACAGAGCUGAGGUCCCGAACUAAUCUUGUAGCUGUCUGUUCCCUCCCUCAAAAUGGUUGGAUGCUAACCAUUCGUAUGGAGCUGGACGGCUGGGGUGAUUUCGUCUUGUUGAGGGAGACUCCUUUAACUGGAGACAUCGAAGAAUGAAGCUGAGAUUUCUUAUGUGCUUUACGGCUACGCUACGUCCGUUCUGGCAGUCAGGUUUAGAUUUGAUGUCCCUCUGGUAGGGGGACUCUUCUCGUCCAUCCGAGAAAGGGCUUGCUCCAAAUUGCUUAAAGCACGGCUGGACAACCUGACGGUCCUCAGCUAAUUUCAAAAGCCCUUUCUGGAAGCCAUCAGUUCAACCUCUGCCAAAAAGAACUAUCUGUCUCUCCCCCAGUAGGGGCUGUUGGAAUGAGAGAAACGAAAGGGGUGUCAGAAAGAGCGAGAGAGAAAAGGGUGUUGGAGAGCGAGCAAGAAGGGUGUCCAAGGGAGAGAGAGAGAGAGAGAGAAGGGUGUCCAAGAGAGAGAAAGGGGGACAGAAAGAAAGAAAAUGGAACAGCCCAUUUCUGGCUCUGGUUCAGCUCCACCACCGACAUGCACCCCUGAGGGAACUCCAUUCGUGGCAGAAAAACAUUUCCCACACCUGGUUUAAGGAGCCCCCAUCAUGAGAAGCACACGAGCACACGUCAUCGAAGGUUUCCUGUUUAGCGCCGAUGCGUUCCCUCCUAUCAGUUUUCCGAAGCCCGUGAGAAGGGUCCCAGUGGAUCGGGGCAAAGGUCCGUCAGCAUCCCGUUUCUGAGAGCGAUUGGCCCUCCCUACAGCUGGAUUCCAAGGUAGACAUCCCCUGAAAGAGGAGGUUCCAUUUCGCUCUCAGGACUGACAGCCACAGACAGACCUCUUUGCCCUCCGUGAAUUUGGCUCUAAACCACUUGUUAAGCCGGUGACCGUGCCCACACCUUGCGGUAGCAAAACCCUAACGUUAAUUACAUCAUCCUUGUCCAACUUGAGGCCGUCCAGUGUGUUGGGCUAUAACUGGCUGGGGGAUUGUGGGAGUUGUAGUCCAGCACAACCGGAAGGCUUCAGGUUGGCAAGGCUGGAUUUUACGUUGUGCGAAUGCCUCCAGAAAAAAAUGUCCCCAACCUCACAUAUCAACGGGUUCUCCCCAGACCCGCUCCCUUCCUCACCCAAACGACACAGUUCUAUUGUGCCUGUUCCAAGGAGAUCUCUGAGGAUCUCUUCCCCCUUGCCCUCAACACCCUGGACUCACUGAACCCAAAAAAGCAAAAAGAAUCAGUGAAGAUGGCUGCAUACAUUUCCUGCUUACUGUGUAUAGACUGGAAAAUAUUUAUAUUAUAUAUAUAUUAUUUUUUUGUUCAACCAUGUUAAUAGUACACUAAAUUAUAGUGUGGUUUGAGACGGACAAGCAACUUUGUGUAAAUAUUCAGUGAUAUUCAUACUGUAUGAUAAAUAGAUCUAGUUUCUAUAGAGACUGUAACACGAGAUGUGUAUAUGACUUUUUGUAUAGGUAAACUCACCUGCACGGCUACAACUGUUGCACUGACAUUUUAGAUUUUCUUUGUUAUAUUCAACCCAUCCCACCCAAGACCUUAAAGUACCCCCUGGCGCCCUGAGCUAGCGUUUUGUAGAAGCUCCUGGCCGGUUUGCAGAAAAAGUAAAGAGCGAGAGAAAAAGGAGGAAAAAACAUGCACACGCAGCUAUUUAAUAGUAUAUUUUUUAUUUAUUUCUGUGUUUUUAAAGUGAAGACACAACCGCACUUGAGGGGGGGGGGAAGACAAUAUGUUUUUAGGAAGUAAAAGAAAAAGAAAACACAUUAUUAACUCUGCUUUUGCUGUGUAUGAUAUGACGGUAGUUUGAAUUCCUUUCUGAAAUGCCAGUUGGGGUGGGGUGGGGGGAACGAAAGAAACGGCACACGCAGAAAGGAGAAAGUUGUACGGCCAGAAUAAAUGGAACGAGUGUUUGAGAACCCA